AUGUCUCUCAAGCCAAUUGUUCUCUACGGCCAUGGCCCCGGCCCAAACCCGUGGAAGGUCGUCAUGCUCCUCGAGGAGCUCAACAUUCCCUACGAGUACAAAAUUGUCGACUUCGCCGACAUAAAGAAGGAGCCCUUCGUGUCUAUAAACCCGAAUGGCCGUGUUCCCGCCAUCGAAGACCCCAACACUGGCAUCACCCUCUGGGAGUCUGGCGCCAUCCUCGAGUACUUGGUCGAGACCUACGACAAGAAGCGCACCGUCAGCUUUGAAUUCGGCUCAAAGGACUACUUUCUGGCCAAGCAAUGGUUGCACUUCCAAGUGUCUGGCCAGGGCCCUUACUUCGGUCAGGCCGUCUGGUUCACUCGCUACCACUCGGAGCAGCUCGAGAGCGCUAAGGAGCGUUACUACAAGGAAAUCCGGCGUGUCUCUGAUGUCAUGGACAAGUACCUGGCCGAUAAGGAAUACCUUGUUGCUGGCAAGUUCAGCUAUGUCGAUCUUGCUUUCAUUCCCUGGUUCCAGAUGCUCGGCAUGAUUGGUAUUGAUGUGUCCAAGGAGUUCCCUCACCUUGACGCGUGGUUGACUCGCCAGAAGGCCCGGCCCGCUAUUUCUAAGGCUUUGAAGUUGCGCGGGGAAGCUAUAGCUGCUCACUCUCACUGA